AUGACAGCCGCUGCACGCAUCGCCGCUAAUACAGUGUUGCAAACCACGCGCAGCACGAUAGGAUACAUUGUCGACAAAGACGAUGAGAGCUGCCGCAACCGCCAAGUGGCGGCAGAAGCGAUACGGGGUGUGGAGGCCUUUGAUGGAGCCUUUGAGCUGGAUGACAAGCAGCAGGGCACCCUCAAUGAGCUGCUGCACAGCGAGAUGUUCUGCCAGCAGGUGGUGAGGGAGUGCAAGCUGCCCGAGGGCGCCGAGGUGGAGUGGACGGGCGUGCUGUUCCAGCCGGUGCCCUGGAGCGUGACCAGCAAGAAGGGCAUGCCCCCCCACAUCGAGGAGCGCUACCAUGGCAAGGAGGAGUAUGUGAUCAUCAACGUGCCGCCUGUGUUCAUGUUCCAGGCCAAGGUCUUCCAGCCGCCCAGGCUGUGCGCCAUUUACCGGCGCACAGAUGACAGCAAGCGAAGCGAGCCAUGA